AUGGCCAUGAUCGCGAUGAGCACUGCUGUCCACAUGGAAAACUCCAGGGUUGUCUUUCAUUACGACUCUCCCAACACCUCGUCAGGUGAGGAGGAACGUUGGCCGCCGCCCGGUCGUAGGAGACGCCAUCCAGCCGGUAGCAGCCGUUACUACGUGCGACCAUUUUCGGAAUUCUUUCCAGACCCACGAAUAUGCGAAUCCGAUCAAACCAUUCACCUGAACUCGACCAAGUCGACUGCGGAGCCGCGUGGUCUCAUUUCUGUGAGCUCUGGCUUGGCUUUCGUGAAUAUACCCGAAGAAUGCGAAAAACCCGUUUUCAUUGUCGGGCACGCUGGAUGCGCCUGCAUGGGGGAUGGGGUUCGCAUGGUAUCCUCCAUUGCAACCAGUGGCUUCUACUCUGGUCCAGAUUCGCUUCCACAAUCGCCAUCCCCGAACCACUAUUUGGAUCAGAAGCACAACAUUUAUGGACACGAACCAGAUGGGUGCUUCUUCGACAGGUGUGACAGUCUAGACUCGAACUCCAAGUACUGCAACGAGACCUGCUCUCUCAUGUGCCGACCGACAGGUGGCAUCGCCCAAACUGCUCGACUAUCCGCAGGUGAUGAGGUCUGA